CAGUAAUACAGCGUUCCUGACAUAUUUAGAUAACCUCACUAUCGAAAUUCAGAAAAACACGGUGUUUCGAAGUUUUUUUGCAAAUUUGCUCCAAAAACAACGAAAAUGGUCCUUUCAGAUGGUGCCAAACAGCGACUAUCGCUCGUUAUUGAAUUAACGAAAACAGUUUUCCAUUACAGUUUCAUCCCAACUGUGCUUUAUUUGGGCUUUCGGAAAGGUGCUGAUCCAGGAAUGCCUGAAAUUUCGUUGGCUAAUUUAUUGUGGCUUAAUUUGACAAAAUAUUGCGAAAUAAAGAGACAUUAAUUAGUCUCUUUUAAU